UCGGGAGCAGUCUCGCGAGAUACAAUGAAAUUUCAGCCGCAAAUCUGUGUGCUCUCGACCUCCCUCCAUUGGGAAAGAACUAGCCCGAAAAAAGGGGAGAAAAUACAGGCUACUAUGGAACGUCGCUAGUUAGCUGUAGAAAAAAAGAAUGAUACAUACUUAUUUGAUAGACUCGUUCUGUUGGACUGCAUGGUGUGUAUUAUGUUUUUGCGACGGGAGGUAAAAUGAAACGAGGACCGGGAUUUGGGAGCCUCACAACCUUGCAAAACAACCAGCAGAAAUUUCUUUAGCGAGCUAACUUGCUAGCUCAUGAAGAAGCGGUGGUAAACUUCGUAAUGAGCAAUUGCUACCAUUGGAAUUGACGGAACCCCACCUCAAUUAUGUGUUUUUAGAAAUUGGAUUCCUUUAUUUUUCCCAUGGACACUGAAAUUGCAGAGCUUGAUAUUACAUGUUAAGGAAUUGGGAAUUGCUUUGUUUACUGCUUGCUUGGUAACAGUAUUGAUUACAAACUGGCUUGUUAAUCGCUCCCUUCUGGCUUUGUGGGGACAGGCCAUGGACUAAGCAGCAUAUAACAGACAAGGUAGCUAGCUUGCGAGCUAGCUAUCGAUUACUGGGAAAUAUAGCUAAAUCAUUCAUACAUUCCGAAGCGCAAUCUCACAACAAUAACGUUUUAAAGAAGCAGAAGAUCACACUAACCCCGUGGUUUGGAUCAUGCAUGGGAUCAGAGAGUCCUUCAUUCGAAUGGGAUAAAUAGCCUAGUUAUCUACAAGAUAUUAACGGAGUGAUUCAAUCUAGGCUAUUGGAACAGUCAAAUAUCGAGUCAUCGGACAAAAAGGAAAACUACGAUGUCCACCGCUAAAGAGAAUCCCUGUAGGAAAUUCCAAGCGAACAUUUUCAAUAAAAGUAAAUGUCAAAACUGCUUCAAACCUCGGGAGCUACAUCUGUUGACCGACCAAGAUCUGAACCAGGCCAAACCUAUUUAUGGAGGCUGGCUGUGUUUGGCUCCAGAGGGGACCGACUUUGACAAUCCUAUGCAAAGAUCUCGGAAAUGGCAACGACGGUUCUUUGUGCUCUACGAACAUGGCUGCCUACGCUUUGCAUUGGACGAAUCGCCCAGCACACUGCCUCAAGGUACGGUCAACAUGAACCUCUGCUCUGAUGUGAUCGAUGCCGAGCCCAAGACCGGCCAGAAGAACGCCUUAUGCAUCAUGACGCCGGAGCAGGAGUACUUCAUCCGGGGAGACAACAAGGAGAUUAUCAAUGGAUGGACCGAACAGCUGGUGGUGUACCCAAGAACCAACAAGCAAAACCAGAAAAAGAAACGCAAGGUGGAGCCCGCCACAUCCCAGGAACCGGGUCCAGCCAAAGUGGCCGUGACGGGCUCGGGGAUCCCCGAGGCGGAGAAGGUUCCGGACUCCAGCUCCAUCAUCUGGCAGGAGGAACUGCAGAGCCGAGAGGCAGACGUGGGCCAGGUGUGGUCCUCCCCCGACAUGGCGCCCCUCGGGUCGCCCACCGCAGGUGAGGGCUCGUUUGUCAGCCAUAACUCGGACCAGGGCUCGGUGAACGGUGACGAGGUGGACCGGAGCCCCUUUAUCUGCGCGGCAGCAGUGCCCUCCCACGAGCUCCUGUCGCCGACGGGCAGCUCGUCCAGCCGCCACAGCUUCGGCGGCGAGGCGUGUGGCGGCGGAGUACCACGCUGCCUCUCCCCGGCGCCCAGCGACCCCUUCCCCUCGGGCAGCAGCCUGCUGUCCAACGGCUCGCACAUCAGCGGCUCCAUGAGCUCGCUGGACUCGGACGCCAGCGGCAGCACGGCGGCCAGCAGCGACAGCCACCCCGCCGCAGGUGUCCACCAUCACAAUCACCACCACGGCCGCGGGGUCCACGACACGCCGCGCUCGCGUCGCCUCGAGGCGGAGGCGCGCAAGGCGGAGAAAAGGAGCAGGGCGCACAGCCCCGAGGGACAGGAGACACCCCUCAGCCCGGAGAGGAGCGGGCGCUCCAACGUCAUCGAGAAGCUGGAGGCGCUGGAGCUGGAGAACACGGAGCGCAUGGAGGUGGAGGAGACGGGCCGCAGCGCCGCCCGACAGGGACGCAGCGAGAUCAGACGCUUCCACCGAGAGGAUCAGAAAUCUCAGCCGCUGGACUUCCAACACACGGCCCUACCACCACUGAGGCGGGCCAAGUCACUGGACCGCAGGACCACUGAGUCCGUCAUGACCCCUGACCUGCUGAACUUCAAGAAAGGUUGGAUGGUUAAGCUUGAUGAACAGGGACAGUGGAAGAAGUAUUGGUUUGUGCUGACCGACCAUAGUCUACGAUACUAUAAGGAUUCAAUUGCAGAGGAGGCCGCAGACUUAGAUGGAGAAAUAGACCUCAGUACUUGUUAUAAUGUUACAGAAUACCAAGCUCAACGAAACUAUGGCUUCCAAAUCCAUACGCAGGAGGGAGCGCACACCCUGUCGGCCAUGACUGCGGGAAUUCGGCGCAACUGGAUCCAGGCAGUGAUGAGGAACGUGCGGCCCUCUACCGCACCGGAUGUGGCCAGCCUCACUGACGACCACAACUCCGGCGCACCCCUGGAGGGCCUGGCCAGGCCUGACGUCACCCAGGACUCGCUGUCCUCCGAGGCGUCGUCGGUGGAGCGCGAGCCGGGCCCCAAGAAGAGCCGGGCGCGGGAGCGGCGGCGCGAGGGCCGCUCCAAGACCUUCGACUGGGCCGAGUUCCGGCCCAUCGCCCAGGCGCUGGCGCAGCAGCGGGCCAACGAGGCCGAGGCCCUGCAGGCCGAGCUCAGCGACUCGGAGCGCGGCCGCCGGCGGGAAGAGCGCCGCCGCCGCUACGGCUCGGUGGCGAGCGGCGGCUCGCCACAGGACUCCCCCGGCGGGAUGGACUUUGAGAGCGCCGAGGGCCAGCCGGGGAGGGAGGGGUCUCCGCCGAAUCAGCCGAAUCAGCCGCAGCCUCCGUCCCCGGAGAGGCAGAAGAAGGUGGAGGACGAGAUCGAGCAACACUGGCAGCAGGUGGAGAAGACGCCUCUCCGCGAAGAGAAGAGGGUGCCGCUGGCUACGGCGCUGCAGACGAGGGAGACGGCCGAGCUGGAGAAGCUGCUGGAGAGCUACAAGAAAGGGGUAGAAGACCUGAAGCAGCAGCUGGAGACAUGUCACCAGCAGCUAGCCGAGUCCAACCAGAACAAGCACGAGCUGGAGGAGCAGCUGCGCACUGCACUGGAGCGAGAGCAACACAUCCGCAUCGGAUACAUCUCGCAGCUGGAUUCCCCAUUGGGUCUUGAGGGCGAACUUGAGCCCCAGACGAAGAGGCCUGAACUGGUUAGUUCUCAAGCUCAGACAUUAACGCGGAAGUAUCAGGAAACCAAAGAGCUCCUGCAACUGCAAGAACUGAAAAAACGCAACAUGCAAGCACAGCUUGGCCUUUCACUCUCACACCUGUCCGUCAAGGAGCCUUGCACCCCUGAGCACCAAAAGCCUGACACCUUGGAGAGCCACCCCACUGAACCCAUUCUUAAUAAAACAGUCAGCUUCACGGUUCAGGAUAGUGAGGGCAUGAUUGAGGAGCUAGAGAAAUUAAUAUCAGGCAAGCCUCUAACUCUAAAGGGCUUAGUGUCCCUGCUACUCACUCAUAGCAGAUUUAGUAAUGAGAGCGCCUUGGAUAGACAGGAAAGAAAUGAACUGGGUAUGUCUGGAGACGUAAAUAGUUGUCAAAACCUUUUGGAAAACCUAAAGCAGCAGCAAGAAGUAGAGAAUGAGACCAUGAGGAUGAGCUUGGCUAAGGCUGGUGACAGCAUCCGCAACUACGAGGCACGACUGAUCACCAUGGAGGAUAUCCUCGGAAGGGUUCAGCGACAGAAGUUGGAAAGUUUAAAGAGCCCCUGUGGGCCGGCGUGUCAAAUUGAGGACUUAACAGAAAGCACAAACAGAGGUCUUUCCCAGAGGGUUGAGUUGCUAACAACAGAGAAUGAGGCGCUUAAUCAGCGGUAUCAAGAGAUAGUCAACCAGUUGAGAGAGGCAGACCGGGAAAUUGACAGGUUAAAGACGGAGUUGAGGACACACGGUAGGCAGGAGCAACCUGAUGCCUUAAAUAAAACCAAGAUCAAGCAAGUAGGAAGUGUAGACCGUUCGGUUGACCGUGCCUUUUAUGAGAGGGAGCUGAAUCUUAAGUCUCAGAAACUACAGGACGCACUUGUUAAAUUAGAAGCACUGGGGAACAAUCUGAAAGAUACUGAAAAGCGGCUUCAGUUGAAGGAAGCCACCCUAAGAGGUUUGGGAUUUCAGAUGGGCGACCGGGAAAGUCACGGUGGCGAUUUACAGCUGGAGAAGGAGGAGCUCAAACUUCAGCUGGAGGUUGCUCAGGCAAAACUCACCGAGAGAGAGCAGAGGCUUUCUGUCGCUGAAAAAGCCUGCCAAGAACUUCAAGCUCAGAACCUGGAACUUCAACGGAAGAAUCGAGAAAUUGAAAGAUUACUUAGUAGCAAACAGAAAGUAGUUGAUGGAGUUCUAGAAGCGAAUGUAGAAAUGACUGGUGUAGAGGUGAUGUUAGGUUUGAUUGACAAGGAAGGGGAUGUGUGCAAUAGCAUGGAGCAGGGAAGUGAAGGGCUUACUGUGGAAAAGUCAGGAGUUGAGAAAGUGAUUGAGGAAUUCAAAAUGAAGUCAGAAGCCAUUGGUGUAUUAGUUGAGAUGUUGGGAGAGGUAGAUGUGGAGAAAAUGGAGGGUGAUUUUAGGAGCACAUUGAGAGUAAUGUGUGGCCUUUGUCCUUUAGAUGAGCACGUGGAAGAUAGUCAGACAGGUAAGAGGUUGCUGCAGGAGGGAGAGUUUUAUAGUAGACUUUUAAGUGGUGCGGACAUUAGUCAAGUGAAUGAAGAGGGUGAGCAUGAAUGUAGGAAAGCAAGAGCUGUGACAGAGCAGAUGCUACUAGAGAAAAUGGUGUUGCUGGUUAUGAACGGACUGAAUACCAAAAGAAAUGUGGACAUGCAAAUCCAAACUGAAAAUGUGGAUGCAGACAUUGUGGAUACAAGGCAAGUAAUUAAAGACCUUACAGACACAAAGACUUGCACGUUGAUCAUCAAUGAUCUCAUUUAUAAUUUACAAGAGAAACUGCUGUGUAUGAACCAAAUAGUUUCGACUUUGAAGACGUCUCCGAAUGAACACCUCCAGACCUUGCUUGCAAUGUUAUCCAAUUAUACAUGUCCAAAACGGCAGUGGUCGCAAUAUGUCCAAGAGGCAGUUUUGGAAGCACAUUGCUCUUAUUUGGAAUGCAAGCAGAAAUGCUAUCAGGAGAGAGUGUUUCAAGAAUUACAGUCAUCAGAUCUCAUCAAAGGUGACUGUGUAAAUUGUGUCAAACUAAGAGGGCAGAACAAGGAUCUGUCAUCCAAGUUGGAUGACUUGCAAAACCAGUUGGCGGUUCUUCAGAGCCCCUCAAGCAAAGACAUGAGCCCAGUCACACACAUACAGAUUGAAGGGGAGCCCAUUGACUCCAUGGAUAAGGCAAUCCAGCUGCAGGACAUGGAGGCCAAGCAUAAGAGAGAACUCCGUCAGCUGAAGGACACCAAUGAACAGGAGAUGUGCAAGCUGAGGCAGGACAUGGCCAAGAUGGGAGAAACUCUCCGGCUUAGGUCUGAGGAGAACGUGAAGGAGAUCGACUCCUUGACCAUCUGCAUGGAGAACUUGAAGAGAAAGCAUGAGCAGGAGCGAAGCUCCCUGGUGGAGCAGUUCAAGCAAGAGAUGGAGGAUCUAAAGAGUGCUGUGGGCUUCAAAGAAGGCCAGGACCAAUCCGGCUCACUUAAGGAGCGUAUCCAAGAGUUGGUCGCCCAGGUGGCGAUCAUGACCGAGGGGAUGAAAGCCCGCGACCGCGAUGUGGAGGCGUCACUGCGCCUGAAAUUCGAGAAAGACCUGGAAAACCUGAAGGCUACGUGUGAGCGGGGCUUUUCCGCCAUGGAGGAGUCGCACCAGAAGGUGAUCGAUGAACUGCAGAAGAAGCACCAGCGGGAACUGGAGAAGCUGCAUGACGAGAAGGAGAGGCUCUUGGACGAGGAGACGGCGGCCACCAUCGCUGCAAUUGAAGCUAUGAAGAAUGCACACCGAAAUGAGCUGGAGCGAGAGCUGGAUAAGGCCCGCAAAGCCAACAGCAACGAUGAAAACGCUGACAUCGAUGAGAUCCGCAGGCUGCACGAGGAGGAGCUGUGUUCCUUCACGAGGGAGAUCGAGGUGCUGUCCGAGCAGUACUCGCAGAAGUGCCUGGAGAACGCCCACCUGGCCCAGGCCUUGGAGGCGGAGCGACAGGCCCUCCGGCAGUGCCAGAGGGAGAACCAGGAGCUCAACGCGCACAACCAGGAACUGAACAAUCGUCUUGCUGCCGAGAUCACAAAAAUGCGGUCUAUGACUAGUGAGGAUGGCGAUACAUGCACAGUAAUUCAGGGGAAGGAGUUGUAUGAGCUAGAGGUCAUGUUGAGGGUCAAGGAGUCAGAGGUUCAGUACCUGAAGCAGGAAAUUAAUUCUCUGAAAGAUGAGCUCCAGGCUGCCCAAAGAGACAAGAAAUACGCUGGGGACAAGUACAAAGACAUCUACACGGAGCUGAGCAUCGUGAGGGCCAAGGCGGAGCGGGACCUGGGCCGACUGCGGGACCAGCUGCAGCUGGCCCACGAGGCCCUGGGUGAGCCCACGCCAGAGGAAAUGGAACGCAGCGGCUACGAUAUCAUGAAGUCCAAAAGCAAUCCUGACAUCCUCAAAAUGGCAGCGGCAGCAGCCAAACGCUCUGAGCGCACUUUGAGGUCAAAGUCUGUGACUCGUGACAUGCCCUGGGACAGCUAAGGGCUGCCUGAGGACCCUAUUGACUUCCUCCUUUAGAGUCUGAAGGAGGGACUGACUGCUGAGCAGAGACUCCACUUGUUUGAUAACAAGGACACCAAGGAGUUCUGACAUUGAAGCAUUGACCCUUCCUAUGCUGCAUGAUAAGAGGCUGCCUCCCCGACACACCCCAUCACUCCUACCCACCCACUUCCCCACACACUAUAUUUUAGCCCAGUAAUUAACCAUUUAGAAACACACUGGUCACAAUGAGUCCUAUAUUAUAACGUGGUAUGACGUUUGAAUUUUAUGUCUAUAGAGUAUGCAUUUCAUGCACUUCUGUUACUGUGACAUUUUUUAUCUCCAUUGCCAUGUCUUAAUGUAAAUACUGUUUAUUAUUUUUUAAGCAUCUAUCACAUACACUAAAUAUGUUUGUGUAAGCUACUGUUUUAACCUCUUAGUUAUGUGUGAAUAGUCAAAGGAAUACAUAAAUGUGUACUGGAUGAUCAACAACACACCACACGAUAAAUGAUGUGUAUGUGGAACCAACAUUAGAAUGUUGCCAGGUCUAUGUACGCACUAUAUCCUAGGUGCUGUGAGUAUGCACAUUUCGAAGACUCAAAACCCCUUAUAACGCACAGAGCUGGCUAUGCUGUGUUGCUCUUGAGGAGGAGGGAGAAUGGCUGUAUCGUUAAGAGAAAAGUUGAAACCUGCUUAGUAGCAUAAUAUUCCAUAUUAAUCUUUGUGAGCUAUCUGACCACUUGAAAGGAACCAUUGAUGUUAUCAACUCAAUACACCUGGAAGGUUUAGGUUGGGGAUAGAUAUAUGUAUAUGCAAUAUAUGUAUAUCAUUUUUAUCUCCAUAAUCAUGUUGGUCUACUCUGAGUGGGAGUUAUUUUUCUGUUUCCUCCAUCAAAGUUGAUUAUGUUUGCAGUGUUGUUCAGUGGCAGACCCCUUUAUAUUUAUUUAAUUGUCAAAAAGAGUUUUGUCUCACAUUUCCAUUUCUCUGUUAUUGUAAAUAUACAGCAAAUAUUCACCAACUGACAACAGGUUUAUUAGCAAUAAAUAUUUUUGCACCCUG